GGCGCCUCGGCCGCCGAUUAAAUCUCGCCUGCCCCCCCUCGCCGGCCGCGUAUCCCCCUUCGGCCAGGAGGCACGAGCCGAUCUGCGCAGAACGCCCAGCAGCCGCCCUCAGGUGCUGUUGUAUACGAGAAGCGAGAACUCUCACCGAGUCGACCGGCAUGGCUGUUGUACCGCGGACGAUGCACUGGUGCCUCGCCGCCUGCGUUGCGGUGGCCGUUGGACUUGUCCGGGAGGCGUACGCCAUCGAUGACCAUCAGCUAUCUCAAGACCUGUUGGACCUGAAGCUCUUGGGCCUCCGGCUGGAGACGAAGCUGACCAUUCUGGAAGGCUUGGUGAACAAGCUGGGCGCAAACUCCAACAAGUGCAGCCAGGGCGGUCGCACAGGUGGUCCUGACACCGACACCGAAGUCGCCACCAGUGACACGCAGGAACGAAUCUUGCGUGCGCAGCAAGCGAUCAUCGACAUCAGCAACCGCAACACGGUCGAGCUAGAGAACCUGGCGCAGCUCGUCACCACGCAGACGGCCAAGCUGGCCAAUCGUUCCGACGCCAUGCUCGGCCUUCUGAAGUCUUCCGAACUCGUACAUCGGCGGCCACCUCCUCAGGAAACUAUCUCACAGGGCCGCAGGCACCACCAACCUUAGAUAUUACCCCGAUGCUAUGGAUUGACCAGGGGCUUUUGCGUCACGAAUUCCCAAUUCUUUUUUUUUUUUCCACGUGAACGCUUUGAAAGGAACGGUGCGCAAUAAACGAAGGUCGCGAAUGUUACGGCGCCCGUCAGUUCUUUGUGCACUGUUGGCAUGGUCGUAAAUGAGACAGUGUCAUCGAUCGGAGACGUACUACGUCACAUCGCCACGCAGCGUGGCCUGUACAGUAGUGAACGAGAACCAUUACUUGUAUGCGUGUGAUUUGUAGGAGAUAAAAUUUCCCUC